UUGUUAGUACCGGUGGGCGGGGUAAUUUUGGACGGGUUAGAUUUGCCCAAGGACUCCAACGGAUCGUCCGUCCGAGCUAGCUCGAUCUUCUUGUCAAAGGGGCGAAGUGUCUUUUCUGUGCUGUAUUCCCGUGGCUUUUCGUUGUCUGCAUACAGAGAUCAAGAAUGGUUCUAUUGUCGAUGGUGCUAUGUGACAACUGUCCCGCGUUUCGGUUGGAGCUUGUUGCUAGACAGCGAUGCCGAGAGCGGCUAUAGUAGAGAGGGGAAAAUCGGGUUUCAUUUGCAAUGCUGCUGAAAUGUGCAUUGCUUCGAGUUCGGUUUUGUGCCUUUUGUCGUGAGCAAAGUGAAUGUUUGUGUAUGUACCGUAUUUGAGUAUCUCUCGUGGAAGUGGAAAGGAAUAUCUCUGUGGCGUACUUUCGCUGCCAGGUCAAUCGCAAUGCAGCCUGCGGUAGGCGAAGCUGAUCCGUGGGUUAUGUUUGAAUCAAUCACCUUCCUCGGAACAUGGAAAUGGCCAGACCAGGAUUCUCGUUCUACAAAGCAGAUUUUGGCCGAAACGAUGUCACGGGCGAUGAACGUUCCACCUGAAAAACAAGUUCGAGUUGCUUUGAUGCUGCCUACCCGAGGUGACGGUAAAGUCGUGUUGUUUGCUAAAGCAAGCGGGGAUGAAAUUUAUUCGUUGCCCAUGCGACAAAUCACCUCGUUUACGGGUGGCCAUCGGGAGCAUCCUAGCUGCUUUGCUUUUGUGUACGCACCUGCAGCCACAGAGCAGAGCUGUUUGAAGAUGUUCUGUUUUGAUGCAAUGUCUGCCGAAGUUCGGGCUAAAGUGCACAAACGCAUAGAGCAAGCAUACCAAUCAAUUCAAAACGAUUCGAACGAGGCACAGCUUAUCGCAGCUCCUUGUGGGAGUAUGCAGAUCGUUAAUGUUCAGAUGACACUGGACAUUCGUGAAGAGGACUCACGGGGUGCCUACGCAGCAUGUUCGAGAACAAAAGAACUCUUCAAACUUCGAAAAGACGUUGAAAAACAGAUCGUACUUACAAUAGAGCCAAUGUCUCACCCGAGUCCAAUUAAUAUUGAACGCUGCUUCGGUGUGCUCGUUUCGCCAGGGCGUCACGUACGUCAUAGUGAUAUGCAGCUCAUUGGAACUGGCAGUAAUGAUUCGAGCAAUCAGCAAUCCAGUCCAUCGUCCGGUUUCACGGUGGUUGCCAAAUGGGACCCCAAGGACAACCCACCAUUUGAGUUACUUAAUACAGUAACUUCUGGCGAAUCGCGUGUCUAUUUAACGGUUGCAUGUGAUCUUGUCCUGAUGCACGUUAAGGAGCCCGUUCGAUUCGUGUUUGAAACCCAGGCUCGAAUUGGGCCCGCUCCGCAGGACCGUGAAAAAGCGUUGGUUUGGUCAUUACCUACAGCCCUUCGAACAGGCUCAGUAAAACCAUUCACAGAGUACUAUACGCUCAUUCUUCAGCAGCAAUCCCGUGACAACUUCGAACUCGCCCAGAUGACGACGUCGACAGGUCGCGUUCUGCAUCCAAUCGAACAGAUGACCGAACUGGGCGAGUCCGAUGAUGACGAACCGCUCCUAUCGGGUUCGGGUCCAGUUGGACGCGAAAGUGGCCAGGAAAAGCUAGACGAGUGGGGAGAUAUUAUCAAACAUUGGAAAGGCAAUGCUAAACCGAAGGAAGUCGAUGCGCUUAUACAAAAUUUUGGGGUGCCUCAGUCACUCCGGUGCCAGGUUUGGCAGCUACUAGGUACAUCCAAAUCCGAUAUGGAGGAUCACGAGUACUAUCAGAUGUUGGUAAAAAAAGAAAAUUCUGCAGCGGUGGACCAAGCGAUUGAACGUGACAUCCACCGAACUUUCCCCGGUCACGAUUUCUUCAAGGAGACUCAAGGGCAAGAAUCUUUGUAUAGACUUUGUAAAGCUUAUUCGUUGCACGACAUAGCGGUAUCGUACUGCCAGGGCCUAUCGUACCUAGCCGCAGCUCUCCUGCUACAUAUCCCUGAAGAGCAGACGUUCUUCCUUCUCAAUGUGAUCAUGUCCAACGAGCGUUACAAUAUGCGCCAACUGUACCUUGACAAUUUUGAAACGCUUCACGUAAAACUGUACCAAUUGGCAAAGCUAUACAGCGAAAGAAUACCCGAAAUAGGCAGUCACUUUCGGGAUCUCGGCGUCGAGCCACACAUGUUCGCAUCCCAAUGGCUGCUAACGCUUUACACUGCCAAGUUCCCGUUAUACCUGGUGUUCCUCGUCCUGGACAACUUCCUUCUGACAGGUCCGGACUUCCUGUUUAAGAUCGCCGUCGCUCUUCUUAUGGAAAGCAAGCGCGAUCUUCUUACCCUUGAUUUUGAGGGUGUUCUCAAACACUUUAGGGUAUCAAUUCCGCGUAAAUAUCGCAAUGAGGAGGCGGCGUUGCGUCUCGUCCGAACGGCGAACCACGUCAAAGUGAGCUCCGCCAAACUUAAAAAGUGGGAAAAGGAUUUCCUACAGGAGAAAGAGGCAAAUUCAGACCCUAAGGAAAUUCGCCGGAUGCUUAACGCGCAGCAACGGCUUGACCAAGAGAACGAUGAUCUCGUACAGGAGCUCAUCUCUGUUCGUCUGGAGUUUACACGACACGUGGACGCCGCUCGGGACAGGAUCGACGCACUGUCUAAGGAACUAGCAUCCGCGCAACAGUUCGCGACAGAUGUUUCCACCGAAAAUCAGGAAUUGCGGGAACAACUCCAGCAGCUGAAGGAGAUGUGUCGUCGAGAAGCGGAGACAGCAGAGGCUACCAUUCGGCAGCAAGAGGACACGAUUUUUGAAUAUAAAAAGAUCUGUGGACGCUUACAAGAGGUCAACCAAGCGAUACAGGCAGAUCGAAAUCGAAACAAACGAAAGCAGAAUGGCGAGGAUACACAGGAGGAAGAAUCUGAGUUGGAGCAGCAGUUGCGAGAGCUGGAGCUAGAAUUAGCACAAACGAAAUUGGCCCUGGUGGAGAGCGAGUGCCAUUGCCAGGAACUCAACCAUCAGCUAGCGCGAAACGCCCAAGACAAGGAAAAGGCACAGGGUACGCCUUGGCUUAGCAAAACCAUUCAGGGCAUCAUUAAAAAGCAAAAUUCUCAGGUCGACUCUUCAUGAGCGGGAAAAAACUGAAAAAAGAUAAAAGAAUACAUUUUUAAUGGCAGGGUGAGUCUAUGCCAACGAUGCAUUGUCCAACUGAUCGACAGACAAAACAAUUACAUUUCAUCUAAAACCGUUGUUAUUUACAAUGACCCGUUGUUAGCUAGCGUACCCUUUCUUAAUCCGUUCCGAUAAAAGUGAGUGUAUAAUUAGUCAACAAAGUGCCCACGGUACAAUGCGCUGCAGUAUUGUAUGGCUCACCGAUGCAAUACGAUGUCCAAGUGGCUGAGAGCUCUGUUGAUUACAUGUGUAUCUCGAAGAAUGUAUUCCAUUUUCGUUGGCUCAACUGUUUGGCGUCACAUUUUUCAGUUUUCAUAAACCUAUUCUGCGGUUGUGUCGUUUUGCAACGGAAAAAUUCCACACAUGGCUUUUCUACCCUUGACUGCUUAAUCCAACAAACAAGUUUUUUUGGACACACACUCAGAAAACAAUAUACAUCUAAAAAGUCUUUCGGUACAAUGCAAUAAAGCACGAUAAAUAUGCGGGUAAAACUAACUAGAAGACUAACUAGGUAACGUGUGCAAUCAUAUCGAAGCUCUCAAAGGUAUCGAUUUUUUUUUACAGUUUACUCUCGCUUACUUGCGCAGAGUAACUACAUAUACGCAAACAUGCAUUCACAAACAAAGCACAUGUAUUCAAGUCAAAACCUGUUUGUUGUAUAAUAGUCCUGAUCAGAUCCAACGGACAAAUGAUCGUGAGACACUAGCGUGCUUUGCUUAUUUAGCAAGCCUAAGUGGAAUAAUGUUAUUUUUUGUAUUCAAAACUGAAAGAACAUAUAAAUUAACCUACUAUGAAGCUCUAGACAGAGAUUUAUAUAUAUGUGUGUGAGUAUGUUGCGGUCGCAAACGAAUGUAAGACAAAGCUAGCUUUGAUGAUAAGGUGGUUAACACUGUUAAAAUCCGACGAACUGUAUGUGUAACAUAUGAUCUAUUCAUAAUUCUAGACAGAGAAUGGGGUGGCAAAGAGGUGGCAGUUAGAGAGAGAUAGAGACGUACUUAUUUUUAUGCAAAAGAGAUAAUUAACAAUAUGAUGCUGUGCUUAUAUCAAGUGCAGGGCAACUGUGCGACGAGGGAAUCACCAAUUAAGAUCAUGAAUUUAUAUAUAUUUUUCGAUAACAUACGUGCGGCAAAACUAGAAGACAAAUGGCGGCAAUUAAAAAUGAGUGCUAGCCGAUAGUUUUACCUCUUCUGUGGCAAGAACUUCACUCAGAAAGGGACAUUGAGUUGCCUCGCUGGCAAAGAAAAUUCGGAUUUAUUCACAAUUUUGGUGUAUUACUGAAAUGAAUCCUUAAUGUACUGUCAAUACCUUGAUAGAUUAAAUGGAAUAAUAAGCGGAAGGGCGGAACGAGCACACGAAAUGGUUAAAGCGCUUCUAUACAAUAUCGGAGAAACAAUACUUGUUUAGAAGUAAGGAAACAGAGCGCUUAGCGACUCUGAACAAAACAGUUUGUGCUCUACUGAGCUGUACUGUUCACCUACCGUCAUAAAAUGUAGCCUUAACAGAAAAUCUGCCAUGGCUGCCCCUGUUUGAUGCUAACUUUUUGUUAAAUACUGUAAGAAACCUUUAUGGUAAUCUUAUGCUUUGGCGCUAAACUGCGACGAAUGUUUAAAAUGGCCACCGUGUGUAAUGUGAAACAAAACAACUACGUUAUAACUGCUGUGGUCGUCCGUUUUAUCUACUUAAAAAACAGGGGAUUUGGGCUACGACUAAAAAUUGCAAAUGAUAAUUUUACUUCAUCGUUUUUUGGACAAUAUGUUAUAAACGUUAAUAAACAACACUAAACGAUGCAGGAAAUACAUGAUGGAUUACUAAAACUAAGAGAAA